AUGAACUUAGAUAGCAGGCACAACGUAGCGGAAAGGGUGCACGAUCCAAGCUAUGGCAGCAUUCCUGAUGGAGAGGAAAAUGCAUUGCUUGCUGUAGAUGAAUCAAGUGAUAUUGAUAUCGAUAAAAACCGGGAUAUACCACUCUCUAGUAUACCUAAUUUGUGGUUAAUUGAAGCGGCGCUAUUCACAAACGUUUUUCUAGCUGGUUUUGAUGGAACAGUCACCGCAACAACUUAUCAGACGAUUGGAAAUGAAUUUAAUCAUACUAACAUAUCAAACUGGAUUACUACAGCAUACCUGAUCACUUCUACCGCUUUUCAACCUUUAUACGGAUCAUUUUCUGAUGUAUUAGGCCGCAGAAGUUGUUUGUUUUUUGCGAGCAGCAUAUUUGGUGUUGGAUGCCUUGCCUGUGGCCUGUCCACGAAUAUUUACAUGCUGAGUUUCAUGAGGGCUCUCACAGGUAUUGGUGGGGGCGGUCUAAUCACUCUUUCUACAAUUGUUAACUCAGAUGUUAUACCUUGUUCGAGAAGGCCGUUAUUUCAGGCAUUUCAAAACUUGCUAUUGGGACUCGGAGCGAUAUUUGGAGCAUCUUUUGGUGGCUCAAUUGCUUCAACAGUGGGCUGGAGAUGGUGUUUUUUUACUCAAGUGCCAGUUUCUGUAAUCAACUUGUUUUUAAUGGGUAUUUACGUCCCAAAUCAAGAAGGCUUUGAGAACGAGACACUUUCUAAGGUAAUUCAUCCUAAACGAUUUUUGAGCGAUAUCGAUAUUGCAGGCUCAAUUCUGAUAAUUGUGGGUUUGAGUUUGCAGCUCCUGUAUCUGAGCAUAGGCUGUAAUGGCAAUGUCAAUGAAAAUAUGUGGAGACAGCCUUCUUCACUUCUGCUAUUAGUUUCAAGUGUGGUGGUCUUAAUAUUAUUCCUGGUCAAUGAGAAACGAACCACUGCAACGGCAAUUAUCCCUUUAGACCUUGUGACAACUUCAUACGGGUUUGUGGUAUUGGUCAUCAGUAUCCUAGUCGGAUUCGCCAGUUAUGCAUAUCUUUUCACCUUGCCAUUGUUUUUUCAAAUUGUCUUGGGGGACUCAGCAGCGAAAGCUGGACUGCGUCUAACCAUACCAUCUCUGUUUACUCCUAUUGGGAGUUUUAUAACAGGUGUUUGCAUGAGUAAGUUCAAUUGCUUGUCUAGGCUACUUUACGCUGGUAUAUUUUUGAUGUUUCUUGGUAACUUUCUGUUUCUACUGAUCAAUAACGAAACUCCAAAUUGGCUGAUUGGUAUUUUUUUGAUCCCUGCUAACCUUGGUCAAGGAAUCACCUUCCCUACUACAUUAUUCACAUUCAUAUUUGCUUUUUCCAAGAAGCGCCAAGCUACAGCGACAUCUACAUUAUAUCUCUUCCGGAGCACAGGGUCUGUAUGGGGCGUCGCAAUUUCAUCAGGUGUGGUUCAAGUAUAUGCGACUUGCUACCUACAAACAGCAUUAAGGGGACUACUGAACGAGGAUCAAAUAACUCAAUUGAUCACUCACAUAAAUGCAAAUACUUCAUACAUUAGAUCUCUACGUGGUGAGGUAAAAUCAACUGUCGUAAAAGGGUUCGAACUGGGAACCCAAAGAGCACAUUUACUUUCUACACUUCUAUCUUUGUUGGCUUUGACACUAUGCUUCAUCAAAGAUAGAUUAGAAAAACCCCUGUCAAGGGGCUAA